AGCCAGGAGGCGGGGCGAAGGCGGGACAUGAUGGCCGCUCCCAGUCAGCCGCGUCCGGGAGCUUGUGGGUGUUGCACCAACUGGUAGCUCCGCUACCGGAGACUCGCUCUCUGCCUCACCCGCCGAGCCUUCGUCGGGCCAGGGCAGCUCUGGGAGGCGGCGGCCAGAAGGGGAGCCAUGGGGACAGUGCACGCCAGGAGUUUGGAGCCUCUUCCAGCCAGUGGACCUGAUUUUGGAGCAUUAGGAGAAGAAGCUGAAUUUGUUGAAGUUGAACCUGAAGCUAAACAGGAAAUUCUUGAGAACAAGGAUGUGGUCGUCCAACACGUGCAUUUUGAUGGACUUGGAAGGACUAAGGAUGACAUCAUCAUGUGUGAAAUUGGAGGUGUUUUUAAGGCUAAGAACCUUGUCGAGGUAAUGAGGAGAUCGCACGAAGCCCGUGAGAAAUUGCUUCGUCUGGGAAUAUUUAGACAGGUGGAUGUCUUGAUCGAUACAUGUCAAGGUGACAAUGCGCUUCCCAACGGGUUAGACGUUACCUUUGAAGUAACUGAAUUAAGGAGAUUAACGGGCAGUUAUAACACCAUGGUUGGGAACAACGAAGGCAGCAUGGUACUUGGCCUCAAACUCCCUAAUCUUCUAGGCCGUGCAGAAAAGGUGACUUUUCAGUUUUCCUAUGGAACAAAAGAAACUUCGUAUGGCCUGUCCUUCUUCAAACCACAGCCUGGAAACUUCGAAAGAAAUUUCUCUGUAAACUUAUAUAAAGUUACGGGACAGUUCCCUUGGAGCUCACUCCGGGAGACAGACAGAGGAUUAUCAGCCGAGUACAGCUUUCCCAUUUGGAAGACCAGCCACACUGUCAAGUGGGAGGGCGUGUGGCGAGAGCUGGGCUGCCUUGCCAGGACAGUGUCUUUUGCCGUCCGAAAAGAGAGCGGGCACUCGCUGAAGUCAUCUCUCUCGCACGCGAUGGUCAUCGACUCUCGGAACCCUUCCAUCUUACCGAGAAGAGGUGCUUUGCUGAAGGUUAACCAGGAGCUGGCAGGCUACACCGGAGGGGAUGUGAGCUUCAUAAAAGAAGAUUUUGAGCUUCAGUUGAAUAAGCAACUCAUACUUGAUUCAGUUUUUUCAGCAUCUCUCUGGGGUGGAGUGUUGGUACCCACUGGCGAUAAACCGUCAAGUAUUGCUGAUCGGUUUUACCUCGGGGGACCCACAAGUGUGCGAGGGUUCAACAUGCACAGCGUUGGGCCACAGAGCGAAGGAGACUACCUGGGCGGAGAAGCGUACUGGGCUGGUGGCCUGCACCUGUACACCCCGUUACCUUUCCGACCGGGCCAGGGCGGCUUUGGAGAGCUCUUCAGAACUCACUUCUUCCUCAACGCAGGAAACCUCUGCAACCUCAACUAUGGGGAGGGCCCCAGAGCUCACAUUCGAAAGCUGGCUGAGUGCAUCCGCUGGUCUUACGGCGCCGGCAUCGUCCUCAGGCUGGGCAACAUCGCGCGGCUGGAGCUGAACUACUGCGUCCCCAUGGGCGUGCAGGGCGGAGACAGGAUCUGUGAUGGCGUCCAGUUUGGAGCUGGGAUAAGGUUCCUGUAGCUGAUGCAGAGCAUCCUGUGUCCCCUCCAGCAGCAGCUCUGGGACUCGGGCAGCAGUGAGUCACUCGGUGCCACACACUUUCUCUCCAGAUAAACACGUUUCAUGUGAUUCUUUGAAUGCAGUCCUUGUGGGAAACCAUGUCAAUAAAUUUUAAAGACAAAUACUCA